UCCCGGUCCCAGCAUUCCUUGCCUGCCCUCGCCACUUCGUAACCCACUUUUUUUUAAUCAUUAUACUUCCUUACCCCUCACCCCUUACCACUUACCUUACCCUCCUACCCCUCUUUCUCUCUCUCUAAAUUUCUAGCUCUAUAUAUGUUAGCGAUUGAGGUAUCGAGUGAAAGUAUAUAACCUAUCUACAAAACAAGGAGUGGUUGAGAAAGAAGAAAGUGCAAUUUGUAAAAGCUGCUGAGCUUGGUUUGUUCAAGGAAAGGAGGAGUUUCUUAAUUCGGUGAUAACUUCAUCCAGGUGAUCAUAACUAAGCGACAUGACGAGCUGCGUCGAUGUUGCGACUGAGCAACUCUGUUACAUCCCUUGCAACUUUUGCAGUAUUGUUCUCGCGGUGAGUGUUCCAUGCAGCAGCCUAUUUGACAUUGUGACCGUCCGAUGCGGGCACUGCACCAAUUUAUGGUCCGUGAACAUGGCCGCUGCCUUUCAGUCACUGUCCUGGCAAGAUGUUCAGGCACAAAACUACAACUAUAACUCUCAGAAUUACCGGAUUGAUUCGGGCUCCUCUUCCAAAUGCAACAAGAAGAAUGCAACCAAAGACCCAACUUCAGAUCAUGUCACUGAGGAAAGGGGUGUGAAUCGACCUCCCGAGAAGAGGCAACGUGUACCUUCUGCAUAUAACCAGUUCAUAAAGGAGGAGAUUCAAAGGAUCAAGGCUAAUAAUCCAGAUAUUAGCCAUAGAGAGGCUUUCAGCACUGCUGCCAAAAAUUGGGCGCACUUCCCUCAUAUUCAUUUUGGCCUGAUGUUGGAGGCCAACAAUCAGGCUAAGCUGGACAAGGACCCUGAGAAACAUCUUAUGUCAAGGCCUGCACUACUGAAUAACUGAUGGCCACGAUAAUUUCAGGCAAAGACACUCGGUCAUAUCAAAAUUGUUCUUCGUAUACAGGAAUUGCCUUGACUGAUCUACUGGGUUGUUUCUUAAGGACAUUUCAAUAUCCUUCUUCUUUGUACUUGUCAAGUCCCCCUUAUUAGGGUUUCUAUGUGACUUAAAAUUAAGUAAUACGCUACUUUGCUUAAUUUAAUUUGUCAUCUUCAUCAAUCUUGAUUUCCUAAUGACACAAUGACAUUAUAUUAAAUAAAUUUCCCUUUUGUUAA